CUGGGGGCGGGGAGGGACGGUUGAGGGAACCCUACGGAGGAGGGGUCGGGGGAGGAGCAGCAAGCUGCAGAACUAGCUUACUCCAAGAAGUAGGACUUCCGCGAUGUACUGCCUAUAGUGCCCGGAAGGAAGAGGCUUUUAUAGCCGCUGUCAGUCCCAUGAUUUUCCUGGGAGGCUGCAUUAGCAGUGGGAACGGCUGAACAGAGAAGCAGGCAGGAGCUAUGGCUGCGGAAGGUCCCGGCACGUGUCUAAUCCAGGUGGCAGAGCAUCCCAGCAAAAAAGAAAAAGAAAGAAUAAAGAAUGAAAGAAGAGAUGUUCAGUACAUUAGUAACUCCCAAGAUUCUGAAAAAAUAAGCAAAGAGCUUCCUAUGAGUGGGUGGAUCUUAAGAAGAUUUAUGGAAAGAUGGACAAGAAUCAUCCCAGGUGAAAAGACUGCUCAAGCUGAAGGAGAUGUUCAUUUCCAAGUUUGGAUCCAUUCCUGAGUUUUAUGUUCGGGCACCAGGACGAGUCAAUAUAAUAGGAGAGCACAUAGAUUAUUGUGGCUAUGCUGUCAUUCCUAUGGCCGUAGAACAGGAUAUCCUAAUAGCUGUUGAACCUGUGAAAAGUCAAACGCUCUACUUAGCCAAUACGAAUCCCUUUUAUCCGGAUUUCAGUACCAAUGUUCAUGAUAUUCACAUUGAUAAGACCAAGCCUCAGUGGCACAACUAUUUCCUAUGUGGACUUAAAGGAAUCCAGGAACAUUUCAACCUCAGGAACCUGACUGGAAUGAAUUGCCUGUUGGAUGGAAUCAUCCCCCCAAGUUCAGGCCUCUCCAGUUCCAGUGCCCUGGUUUGUUGUGCUGGGCUUGUGACUCUUAAAGCUAACAGGCUGAGCCUCUCCAAGAUAGAACUGGCGGAAAUCUGUACCAAGAGUGAGCGUUAUGUUGGCACUGAAGGAGGAGGCAUGGAUCAGUCCAUAUCAUUUCUUGGAGAGGAAGGAAAGGCCAAGUUAAUAGAGUUCAAUCCUCUGAGGGCAACUGAUGUCCAACUUCCAAAUGAAGCAAGUUUUGUGAUUGCUAACAGUUGUGUUGAAAUGAACAAAGCUGCAACUUCUCAUUUCAAUACUCGUGUGAUGGAGUGUCGACUGGCUGCAAAGUUCCUGGCUAAGUACAAAGGCCUGGAAUGGAACAAAGCCUUGUGCUUGGAGGAAGUACAGAUCAAACUAGGAUUAAGUCUGGAGGAAGUGCUGCUGCUAGUGGAAGAAGUCUUCCAUUCUGAACCUUAUAGCCAAGAGGAAAUCUGCAAGUACCUAGAAAUUAGCCUGGAGGAGCUAAAGACGCAAAUCCUUUCCAAGAACACUCAAGAUGUCCUCCUCUUCAAGUUGUACCAGCGUGCAAAGCAUGUGUUCAGCGAGGCUGCCAGAGUGCUGCAGUUUAAGAAGAUAUGUGAGGAAGCACCUGCCAAUGCUAUCCAGCUGCUGGGAGACCUAAUGAACCAGAGCCACGUGAGCUGUAGGAACUUGUAUGAGUGCAGCUGUCCUGAGCUGGAUCGGCUGGUGGAUGUCUGUCGGCAGUUUGGGGCUCUAGGGUCACGACUGACUGGUGCAGGAUGGGGAGGCUGUGCUGUAUCUUUGGUGCCUACUGACAAGCUGCCUGACCUUCUAGCAAAUGUCCAAGAAGCUUAUUACCAAAGCAACAAGGGAAGCUUAGCCGUGGGGAAGCAGUGUCUGUUUGCUACCAAACCUGGAGGUGGGGCUUUGGUUUUCCUUGAGGCCCAAACAAUGUAAGAAUCUCAGAGAAACUAUUUAGGGCAUUCAGGAACUGGCAGGACUUCCUAUGCCACGGUAAAUUAAUCCCCUUUCUGUUUUUUAUUAUGGUGAAUGUUUGCUAUUAUCAAGAUCUAUUUCCAAAGAGAUUGUUGAAAGCUCUCUGCACUUUAUAAUGAACACUUUUUUCCCUCUUAAAAAUGUUUGUUACAAAUAAUGGCCAAGAUAUUACUGGGAUAGACCUUUUAAUGACUGAUGAUUAAGUGAACCUUACCAAUGUGAAAAUGUCAGAUUUAAAUGAUCAGUGAUGUAAAUAAAAAGAUAUCUUAUUUGUUUUUGUUUUUUCCCUUCUACCACUGACACCAAGAUGUGUUGGAAAGUGAGUUCAAUUUAUUAUUAUAAUUAAACUGAUGCCAUGAAAUGGC